AAAACCGUUAAGUUUCGGUUAAACGUCCGAACGUUUCUGGAGGUCCGUGAAGGCGCCGCUACGUCACGCAAAUGGCGUACGUUGUAAACAGAGCCAGCUCGUCGGAGGCCGAGGAGAAACAUCAGCGUGUUUAAAAGAUGAAUAACGUCGAGUGUGAGCGGCUGGACAGUCUGGACGGAUGGGUGGCGGUGAAGAGCAACAUAUUUGAAGAGACCGAGUCGUUCAAGCUGGGUUUCAUCGUCCAGUGGAACGUCAUCGAGUGUAAGUUCGCUGUCACCUGCCACAACCGGACGUUACAGCGGCAGACACGCAAAGCUGCGGUGGCCGUUAGCGGCGACCCGCAGAUGAGCUGGGCUGGACUUUUCUCCGUUAACGACCUGAAACACAUCCACCAGCAGUUCACAUGCGUGGCGGACAUCCUGGUGGCGUGUUUCCCGGAUUUAUCCGAGUUUGAAGACGGCAACAUUUGGGACUUGCUCUUCCUGAAUCGCAGAUCGGGACAGGAAGACGACGAUGAGAGGGACUUCGACACGCCGUGCAGGAAACUGGAGAAAUAUUUCAGCACGGCCAUCGACAUCUGCGGGAGAAAGAUCGUCCUGGACACGCUGUUCACGCAGGAUGAGCGGGACGUCGAGGAGUACUUUGAAAACCUGCAGGAGUUCAAGAGGAAGACCAUGCAGGAGGAGAUGUCAAGGGCCAAAGGUCACCUGAGACAGCUGCUGCAGAGUCAUGGCGGUGCAGAUCGAAUGGUUGCACUCCUCAGCAUCUACGAGGACGAAGAUGAGUCCUACCAGGACCUCGUCACCGUGGCCACCACCUUCUUCCAGUAUCUGCUCCAGCCUUUCAGGGACAUGAGAGAGCUGGCCUGCCUCUACAAGAUGGAGAUCCUGAAGUCUUUGGAGUUUGAAGACUUGGGUCCUAAGAGAAUUGAAGCUUUGGAGAAGGAGGCGGAGGAGUGGAGAAUGAAAGCGGAGGACGCAGUCGCCUCGAUUCAGGACAUCACUGUCACCUACUUUGCACAGACUUCAAAGGCUCUGGCUGGUAUGUUAAAGCAGAUGGAGGAGGAUAAGUGUCGCUUUGGAGCGGCUGCCUGGGCGUCUGCAGCUCCCAGACUGGAGAAACUACGCUUCCUGUUGGCCAAAGAAACCCUGCAGCACAUGAGAGCUACCGAGAUGUGCCUGAACCGCAAGAAAAAUGGCAUCAGACAAAGGUUGGGCAACCUGUCCGGCAAAGUCAAGAGCCAGAGGACCGAUUCGAGGUCCGUGUCCGAGGACGUCCAGCAGCAGGACACAGUGGAUCAGCUGGAGAUGCAGUUCUACGAAACCCAACUAGAACUGUACGACAGCAAGUUCGAGAUCCUGAAGAACGAGGAGCAGCUGCUGAUGGCUCAGAUAGACACAGUGCGACGACAGAUUAAAGAACUGAAGGAGGAGGUGGUGUACUACGAUGUUUGCGAGGAUCCGGAGGAGCUGCAGAGCAUGGUCCACACAGGUAUUCACCAAGCCGACUCUCCGGCUGUCAGUCAGCUCAAAAGACGCCUACAGACCUUGGAGACCAAGAGAGGCAACAUCUGUGCCCGGCGAGCUUAUCUCCGCAACAAAAAGGAUCAGUGCAUGGAGGCCCACGAGCAGAAGCAGCUGCCAGCUAAGCAGAGCUCCAUACUCUUCAACCAGCAUCAUCAGAUCCACCUGAAACGAGAGAAGAGGAAAGAGGAGGAGCAGAAGAGGAAAGAGUGGGUGGACACGGAGCGAGAGAAGACUCUGAGCAGAUUACGAUCCUUCAGAGAGAAGCGGCAGGGCCUGUACAUCCUGAAGACUCCUCAGUCCAGGAUGUCUCUUUCAGAAGCUCAGUGUCCCUCCCAGCCGCUGUCCAUCAUCAGCCUCGGCCCCGCUACAGCCUCUGAAGGGCCCUCGUCCAUCCGUCCACCUGCACCCAGACGCAAUAAAACACCCAAGAAGCAGCAGCCUAAAGACAUCCCUGUCCAAAUCUACUCCGCACCGCCACCUCCGAGAACAACAAUAACCUGCCCCACUGCACCUCCUCCUCCUCCUCCUCCUCCACCACCUCCACCCCUCCCCCCACCACUGCCCCCUGCCAUGCCUCCACCACCUGUCCAAGCUUCACCUUCCCCUGAGGACACACCAAUGCCUCUCAGCGAAAAGGAGGACCCUCCUUUCCCCGCAAAGAACACGCUCAAACAAAAUAUCGGAACGAUGGAUGAAGUGUUGGCCUCAUUGCAGCGUGGACAGAUUCGGCUUCGAAAGGCCCCCUCUCCCAGCACAGCGUCCCCGAAAAUGGACCCGAGGAGCAAUCUGAUGUCUGCCAUCCGACAGGGAGUCACCCUCAAGAAGGUGGUUCCCGCACGCGCAGAAGUCCCGAACAGUGGAGACAACGAGCUGGAGCGCAGCAUCAAAGCUGCCAUGAUGAGGAUGAAGAAGGUGUCGGCCGAUUCUGACGAAGACGAGCGAGGAGACGACGAGACACAGAGCACAGACUGGGACAGCUGAGAACACGCCAUACAUACACACAUACAUACAUACAUACAUACCGAUGAAGCUGAUCUCUUCCAUUAAACUUCUUCAUUUUUCUGAGCUACAGUUUAUGUUGCUGCCAAAUUUUCACCGCAAAGCCAUUCGACAAGAACGGGACUUGAAAUGAACACUUGCAGUGCGAUGAAGUCGUCGAACAGUAAAUCUUUUUUUGUCUUUACAAAAUAGCUCUGAGAUACAUCCAAAACUGCUCAGAUCCCAACGCUCCAGAGCGGUUUGUUUGCAGAAAUCCCAAACUGAGUGUAGCAGACAUUGCGCUCAGUGCUCAGUAAGAGGAAAAACCGAGCAGUAGUACUGUAGUAUGCGUGUAAAUGAUUGAAUGGGGACACUUGUGCUGCAGGCUGACAUGACUACACUACACCACAAACUAAUCUUCCGACUUUGAGUGUAAGCUCGGCUGACUUGUUUUAUUUUGAAUGUAAAUUUAAAUCAGUAAUUCUUUUUUUUUUUUACCCCGACAAGGGCUAAAGCAAACUGUGUUUUGUAGUUUUUGUCACUUAACAAAGGAAGAGUCAUGUCCUGAGUUGAAGAAGUGUUAAUUAUUUACAGCCUACAUGUCUAAAGUCUGCGUCAUUGUUUGUGUUACAGGCUGUUUGAAGCACUUUUACUGUCUGUUUUUUUUUCUGUUUGUGUCACAAAUGUGUUUUAAUUCGGGUGCAAUUUAUACAUGAUCUGUUCUUUCUUCCUCUAUGAUGCCAUGACGAAUGAAGUGACAAAUGUGAGAUUCAUUUGUUCUAAUAACCAACUCCCUUUUUUAAUUAUAACAUUGCUCAUUACCGUGCGCAGCUUUGUCUAUAAUCAUGGUUGAAUCCUCAGAGAAGCUUUCUGACUGCACUUAUGGCCUUUUGAAUCUGUGACACAAAGCGACUUACCUGAACCUCCAAUAAAAGGCUGUCAUGUAUUAUGUACAAACAAAACAUCACUGUAUGGCAAACGGCGUUCGCAAACGGUUUGCGGAAGAGUUUAAAGAUAUCUCAGUGUGUUACAGACGGGCUGAUGAUGGCUGAGGUUUAAACACACUUGUACUGCUGUGUUUUAUGAAUAAAAGGAGACACGUUAGAUCAUAAA